CUGGCUCCAACUGGGGUAUAAACCCUCCUCCUCCUCCUCCUCCUUCUUCCCUGAAUCUAAAAACACUUCACUAAAAGGCUAAAGUGCACCAUUCCCACAGUAGUUCCUUGUAAUCCUGUCUGCUGCAUUAGUAGAGGCCGUUCCCCUAUCUACGAGUCACAUGCAGGAUGAAGGCUGCAUGCCAAGCGAUGGCACCUGUCUCUGGCAGUCAGACGUCAGGAAGAGGGGCAGGAGAAGAAGCUCCAGCAGGGCCCCCCCCCCCAUUGGCCGUUUCACCAGGCAGGAGCACAGUCCCAUGACAGCCGGGCGAGAUGACGACCCCCCUUCGCAAAACAAGCACCCUUGAAUCUCCUGCGCUUCUCAUCAAAGAACUGGGAUGUCUCCUGGACAGCUGCAGGAUGGAAUUGAAGGAGGUGGACAAAGUGUGGCCCAAUCUUUAUCUGGGUAAUGUUGUGAUGGCCAACGACAAAGAAGAACUGCAGAGACUGGGCAUCACCCACAUACUGAAUGCUGCCCAUGGAGCCUGGGGGAGCCGAGGAUGCCGAGACUUCUAUGACCAGGAAAUCCAUUACCAUGGAAUCGUGGCGGAAGACGACCCUGACUUUGACCUCAGUGUCCACUUUCACCCUGCUUCAGAGUAUAUCCACAGAGCACUGAGUGCUCCCCAAGGAAAGGUUUUGGUUCACUGCAUUCUUGGUAAAAGCAGAUCGGCAACCCUGGUGCUGGCUUAUCUCAUGAUCUACCAGAACGUUUCGCUGAGGGAUGCUGUGGAAAGGGUUCUCCAGCACCGAGCCAUCUCCCCAAACCAGGGGUUCCUCAAACAGCUGCAAGAUCUUGAUCUGGAGUUGCACUACAAGAUAAGCCCGUGUCAAUUCUUGUAAGCUGAAGCAAGAAAAACGGAGGCAACCAGGUGGACAGAUCUGUGUCAGGGGUCUGCAACAGGGUGCGUGUGGGCGCCAGGGCACCUGCCAAGUAGGGACGCCAGCCCCCAGGUGGGAUCUGUGGACCUCAUCUCCAAACCACAGAGCUCAGUUCCUUUGGAGAAAAUGGAUGCACUGAGGGCAGACUAUAUGGCAUUGUACCCCACUGAGGUCCCUGUCCCCUACCCAGGCUCCAUCCCCAAAUCUCCAGGACUUCGGCUUUGAUCUUAGGAAGAGGGGCAUUGCUGAAAAAUUAAAAUGGGUGCCAGGAGACCACGUUACAGACCACUUCUCUGCGGCAUUGGGGUGUGUGUGUGCGCCAACAGGCAGCAUUUUAGAAGUGGGCAUGUGCGCACAUGGAUGGGAAUACCUCUCCUGAAAGGGUGUGGUGGUUAUGCACACUCAUUUGGUAGCAGGAGUCACCUGAAGAAAGGCAUUCCGUUCUGCCAGAGGCGAAAGGGGGGAGGACGCCUCCGCCGACACGAAGCCUGCACCUGUAGCUGGGGUCGUCAACUCUGGGCUUGGGGGUGGGGCCCGGGGAGUAGAAGGGCCGCGGGAGGGAUGUGAGGCUGUGGAGCCCGCCCUCCUCGAGGGGAAUCGACACCAAUCCUUUAAGAUCACUUUUGCAAAUCCGAGAGCUCUCCAGGCCCCAUCUGGAAGUCGGCAACCCUACCUAGAGUCUUUGUGUGCAGCUGUCAACAUUUUUUAAAGUUCUGCUUUUCUGGUGGAGGAGGAUCUUUUAAAGACAGGACUUUUAAAGACAGUGCUCAUUAUAACCCACUAAUGGCACUACGGUAGAAUCAUCAUUUGGCGUGACAGUUCUUCAGCCUGCCACUUUGGUCCUUUCUGCACUAGGCCUCAAAUCCUCUGCCCACCGACCGCUCCCAGCUUUCUUUCCCAGCCACCAAACUUCUGUUUUCUCUCCACCACACCUAUGUAGCCUCAGCUCUUAGUGACCUCAAAAAUAAAC